UGCCCCAUCGUUGGUGUCAGUGGGAGGAAUAGUGCCCCAUCGUUGGUGUCAGUGGGGGGGAGGAAUAGUGCCCCAUCGUUGGUGUCAGUGGGGGGAGGAAUAGUGCCCCAUCGUUGGUGUCAGUGGGGGGAGGAAUAGUGCCCCAUCGU